AUGGGAAGUCUUCUUGCUGUUAAUCUUUUAGUCGUGGUAUGCUGUAGCAAUGCGGUAACAAUUCAGAAACCUGCACCAUUUUGCCUCCUCAUCAAAUCAGAACGCGGGAGCUCUCAGGUUAGCUUUCUCAUCCACUCACCGGACACUACAGCAUCUCCUCUCUUUUACUGGAGCAAGUGGACAUCAGAGAAACGCCUUGAAGGUUGUUUCAUGAGUAGCGACGGGUCUUUGGUUACGCGUUAUCGGUCACUCUGCCGUCAAGAGCGCGCUCGGGACAAUGAGAAACCAAUGCAGUUCAACUUUAGCGCGCUGCUGGAAGAUGCCAGCCUGUGUGAAAUGAACAUGCAUGUCAAUUUCACUUUGCACAAAGAACGCGUAAAUCCUGGCCUGCAGAUGGAUUCAAGAGCAAAAAGUCGCCAUAAACGCGCAUGGGUUUUGCCGGGAACGCUUUGGUGUGGACGCGGCACCAGCGCCAAUGACUAUGAACAGUUGGGUAUGUUUGUGCAUGCAGACAGAUGCUGUCGAGAGCACGAUCACUGUGAGCACAUCAUCCGCUCGUUCUCUGUGAACUUCGGUGUGUUCAACCCCACUCUGUUCACGCUCUCGCACUGUGACUGUGACCGCAGAUUUAAACAAUGCCUUCUCAACGGUAAUGACACCAUCUCCAACAUGGUGGGCUACAGUUUCUUCAGCGUCCUGAAGCUCCGCUGCUUUGAGCUGAUCCAAAGGAGGCAAUGCACACAGUACAACUGGUUUGGAUUGUGCACAAUGGUUGAGAUUGCUCCUGUGGCCGUAUGGAAAGAUUCAACACCGUACAAUUCUACCAGUCUGACUAAUGAGAACGGCGGCACCGUUGACCUUUCAUGCAAUGAAGCGCCAAUCAAACGUUCACACAGCGGCAAACAAAGAACCUCUAAACCGAAACGAAUUCAACUGACAAAGGGCCGAAAAACCUGCGCUCCAGUGGACUACGCAAAAGGGGAAACAUUUCAGCUGAGUCAAAAGUUGGUGAGCCGAAUUGAGAAACAGAAGAAACUACAAACAAAUGGACAUCGAAAAGGAAGAAAGCAGUCACUCGUUUCCCAAAGGAAGGCAUCCAAAGAGAAGAAAAUGAUUACUCAGAAGUUCAGAAUGGAAACUACUCUUCAAAGCACCCAUGGGACUCCAAAAGCAAGUGUCACUCACUCACCUUCAACCUCAUCUAAUACGAAAUUACUCUCAGUGCACAAGGCCACUCAGUCCAAACACAUGUCUGUAACUAAAUCAGGAGCAAGGACACUUCAAAAUAAGAGAAAAAGAGGUAAAAAGAAAAAGAAGGAAAAACGAAUUAAAUCCCCAAAACAAUGA